AUGGAGCUGCACUGUCUUCCUACUGAGACCCCAACCACAGCCAGCUCCUGCUCCACGGACCCCUUGUACGACAACUGCCCACCUUUUGCCCAGCGAGGGAGCAAAAGGGCAAAGGCAAUGGAGAGCAGGGUUGUGUGCCCGGCUGUAACCAGACUCUCAGGCCCCUGCUGCCCUCCACCUUGUCCGGCCCCAGCUGUGGCUGAGGGUCCCUCACUGCUCAAUGGGGGAAGAGAGACUGGCACCUGGCCAGAUCACAGCUACUGCAGCUGGAGAGGAGCUUUGGGAAGACAGGGCUGUGAAGCAGAGCGGGGUCCCAUCAUAAACAGAGCCAGAGAAGAUCAGGGAGGACGCUGGGGAGUUGAGGACAGAGGUAAUCAGAACCAGAGCCCAAAUCCAUCGCAGAGCGAGGAGCACCGGAGCGCUCUCUCUGUGUACGAUAACCUCCCUGAAGCUGUCACCCCCGACGGCCUCCAAGACGUCUUUGAGAUGGAAACAAGCUUCCAGGAGCAGAUGUACCAGGCAUGGCUCCCUGAGCACUUCCAGGGACUGAUGGACAGCGAGGGAGUGAGUGAAGGCAAGAGCGCCUGGUCCUCCUGUGAGAUCAUCCUCGCUGACAAUAACCAGGACCAGAACCCAGACGAAGACAAAAAGCAUGAUCGGGAGCCAGAGCUGGACUCUGGAUUUCAGCGGGGGGACCCGAUGCUGCAGCUCCAGAUGUCCCCCCCUCAACAGCGUCUUACAGCAACUUCCCCUCAGCUACCCCAGUCUGAGAGCCAGGUUCUGUGGCCCUCAGCUGAAACCCAGCAGCCAUCCUGGUCUCCCAGGGUGCCCCCCCCUGUACCCCUGGCAGACCCCUCUGCCAGCGCCCUCCGCAGCAUCCUCACUGGUCUCCAACAGCAAAUAGUCCGACAGAGGGAGGAGUACGAGGCACGAAUACUCAGCUUAGAGCAGAGAAAUGAAGAACUGCAGGUCGAGGUGGUUCGGUUGAAAACAAACCUCUCACAGCAGCGACACUGGUACCAGGCCGUCGAGGAUAAGAUCACUGAGUCUGAAAGGAUCCGGGCCGCCGCAGAACAACGCAACACCACUCUGCAGAAGGAGAUGGAGCAGUUCUUCGACACCUUCGGAGAGCUCAACAAUGAGGCCAAGAAGACAGAGUAUAUCGUCAAAAGCUUUUGAAAAGAGAAUAUAUGAAUUGUAUGGAAUUAAAUGAAUUGUGUGUGGUGAAAUUAACUGUAUGUGAGAAAGACUGGUUAGUCUUUAAACUCUAGUAAGUAUCAUGUAAAGUAGUUUGUCACUAUCAAAGCCAAAUAUUUCCAUCUCUAAUUGAGAAUGGUUUAAGUGGUCUGCAGUUAUUUCUUCAUUGAGAAUAUACAAAACAUCACUGAAAGAAUAAUCACUGAUGUCCACUUUAUUUGUUACGUAAGGGCAAAGAUGUUGGCCGGGGGAUUAUAUUGUGGUAAUCAGACAUCUCUGACAAUGAAAGGAGAAAUAAACAAAACAAAAAUGUGAGCUGCACAGUGUAUACAAUGAAAAUGUGUUUUCUUUUAUAACAUGGUGAAAGAUGUUCUGAUCACUGUAAUGCUCAGUCCUUAUCUGAUAAGAUUUGUGGGGGUAAAUCAGCCGCUCCUCACGUCAUUAAAGGUAUGACUGAAAGAAUAAGGUCAUAGUUAUUUUAAAAGGAAAAUAUACCGUACAAUAAUAAAGUUCUCUGCGACUCCAUAGUGUCAUAAUUCUGCAUGUCCAUCACACUGUGCAAUGAGUUCUGCAGAAAGCAGCUCCAGUCCAUUUCCACCAUCAUCAUCAUCAUCAUCAUCAUCAUCGAGUUUCCAUUAUGAAUCCUUAAGUCCAGAUUUUCAUUCAGUCUCAUUUUAAACUUCCACGUGUCUUUUUGUUGAGGGGUCAACUUCCUCCACAGACUUUUACCUUACAACCAGGCGCCUGCUGUUUUUAAAGGAGAUAAUGAAGGAGAUAAUUGCAGUACAUUUAUAUAACACACGCAGUCGCUUACAAGGCAAAGAAAAUACAACAUCUGGAUCAAACAUUCAGAACAUCGAGGUACUGGAAGUAAAAUAAAUGAACGGAUUAUUUCUUUAUAACAAGAACUACGGUAACUUAUUGGCAUCUCUAAUGCCUUCAUGCAACUUAAACACCAUUAUUUGUGUUUUACUGCCUACAGGUGUUCUAUAAGAAGUCUGAUUCACGAUGGGUUUUGGGACUGCUCCAGUACUGAUGGAAUGGUCUAGAAAAGGAGCAGCCGAUGCGUUGAUUUGUGAAUGAAAUGUUUCGACAAGAGGCUGAUUUGACCCGGGGCCACGACGUGACUGUGUGCAACAUUUGGCAAGAACACAACAAUAAAUACAACAUGUAUCUUUUUGCCUCUCCAACAUUUACAAGAUUAUGAUUUUGAUAUACACAUUGUUAGUCGGUACCUUAUGUCCAAUGGAGGUGCAAUAUAUAGUGCUAAAGAUAUGUUGAAUUUGUAACAAAUGAGCACACCUUAUCUAUAGGUAAUGAAAGGGUUUACAGUCACUAUGAGUGCCAGAGCGGGACAUCAUUUAAAAACAGAAAAUAAUAUCAGGACAUAAAAAUGUAACACUGCAAUCCCAGCUUUCCCUAGCUGUCAGGAGGAAGAGUUUAAAAUCCACACCACUCAAGGCAAUUACUUAAAAACAAAGUGUCCGCUGUGGAGAGGAUCGAUCCAACUCUGGAUGAGUGUUUGAUCCUCAGAUGGACAUUAAAUGGUUGGUGCGAUCGACUUAUGGUGAGUUUUUGUUCAUAUAGGCUUAUCAUGCAUGAGAGCAGCUGUGGUCUAUGUUCAGUGCGUCUAUGCUCUAAUUUGAUAACCUCUGGUCUCAAUGUAAUAUUUGCUAAAAAAAUAAAACUAUUAAAA